AAGGAAAAAAUGAUGCGUGGUGUUCGGAGAGGGUGUGUUCGAUUGAAAGGAGCCGUGAUUGGUAUAGAUGAUGAAGACGAUAGUACAUUCACCGUAACGGUGGACCACAAGACUUUUCAUUUUCAAGCGCGAGAUGCCGAAGAGAGGCAAAAGUGGGUACACGCGCUGGAGGAGACCAUCUUCAGGCACGGCAGCAGGAUGAGAUGGGACACACAUCAUCCUUCCCCGACCAUCAAAGAUUUCGACAACAAAGUUUCCGAAGCGGACGCAUAUCUUCAGAUCAUGAUAGACCAAACUAAGAAUCUAGAAGAAAGAAUAAAAACAAUGACGGACUCUGAUGAGAAAACGAAGUGCCAGCUCAUUUUGGACCAUGCUAAUAUAAUGCUGGAUAACAUUAAACACUCGAUAGUUCUAUUACAAAUAGCUAAGAACACGGCGCACCCCGUAAAUGGUAUUUAUCAUCAGAGGCCGGGACCUUCGCACAUUGUCGCUUCAGAGGGUGAGUUUUAUCUUUUAUAUUCAAUGCAGUAUUUCGGUUGGUUGUUGAUGGUGGUUCUAAUGUGCAAGUAUUAUCAAUUCCCUCAUUUAGCCUUAGCUAAUAUACAAUAUGUUUGA